AUGUCAGACUCUAAUGAUCAUAGCAACGGCAAAGACUCAACUGAUAUUGACUCUUCUUCGUUUGCUAGUAUUCUAGCGGGUGUCAAGCGCAUGAGAGAUGAAUAUGGUGGAGAUUUAGCUGACAAUGACAUUACCAUACAAAAGAAACCCCAACCGCCACCGCAGCCAGCACCUGACCACACCCCCACUGCUAGUUCAUCAGCUGCACCAGUCCUGAGCACCAUCACUACCGCAAGACAAGUUUUAGAAACCCAAAAGGCAACAUUAGAGAAACCUACUGCAAAACCAGUAUCUCCAGCUCCUCAGCAAUCGAGACACCAGUCCACCUCAUCACAACCCUCCACAUCUGCCAAAGCUGGUAACCAAAUACGAUCUGGGAGACAACCUCAGCAACCAAGGUCAGGUGGAUUGUCCGACAUACUUGUGCAUAAAUCACAAGAGAAGAACCCUCUAUUGAGUGAGUCCAUGAUGAAAACAACUCCCUGGGUUUUUGAUGGAAGUAUUUUAUCUGAUUACUACAUAAGUCCCACUUUCCAAAUCCUUUUCUUGUCACUAAAAUAUCACAAGUUGAGGCCGGAAUACAUUUGGACAAGGUUAAAGAAGUUGAAUAAAGGGUCCAGUAUAGUUGAGAAUCGGAAAGAUAAUAAUCUACGCGUCCUAUUGGUAGUGGUUGAUAUUGAUUCACAUCAAGAAGUGUUGCGCAAAUUAUCGGACUUUUGCAUCAAGCACGAUUUGUCAUUGGUGCUAGCUUGGUCUUUUGAAGAAGCAGGUAAUUACAUUGCAUUGGGUAAGCAUUUCGAUAACGCUCCACACCAAGCAAAACAAAGUAUACGAGGUUUCAAAGGAACAGACUACAAUUCAAGCGUAGUUGAGGCAUUUACAGGAAUCAAAUCAGUCAACAAAACCGACGUUUCUAAUCUAUUGGCUAAUUAUAAAUCGGUCAAGGAGAUGGUGUUGCAAUGCAGUAAACAUGACAAUGAAAUGAUGGGAAAUAUACCUGGCAUGGGUGCUGUGAAACGACACAAUUUGAAACAAGUAUUUCUGGAGCCAUUCGUAUUGAACAAAACUUACAAGGAGUAG